AUGAAACUGCCGCUGGUCUGUUUUUGCAACCGUUUCGAAAGAAUAAACGAAUUCGUACCGCAUUUUCACCCCAACAAUUGGUGGAGCUUGAAAAAGCAUUCGAAUUGAAUCAUUAUGUGAUCGGAAAUGAACGUCGAGAAUUAGCAACCAGUCUUUCACUCACUGAAACACAGGAGCAUAAUUACUUUGAUAUCUUUGAUGAAAGGGAGGGGAAGGAUGAAAAAGAAAAGGGUUUGUAUGGUACUUACCACAGUGGCUUGUUUAAAGCCAUUAAGUUAAAGUAUGGUUCCAGAAUCGCCGUACCAAACAUAAACGAGUUAAAUCAGAUUCGGGGAAAGCGACAGCCUCGGAAGGCACUAAAUGAACGAGUGAAUUUUCCGUAA